AUGGCUAACGCCACUCGCCCUGUGGUUGAGAUAACUUCGAACGGCCUCGGGAAACGCAGGAGGAGUAGUCUCGACGAGGGCAAAUCCGGGAUAGAGCAAGGUGAUGAUGCGCCUGACGCCAAAAGGAGGAAAUCGAGUCCGACGACUGAAGUCGUGCUAGAUGUCUCGGGACAGGAAGCAGUAAAUGAGAGUUUGCAGCCCCUCGAUCCCAAGAGUCGGAUACGUGAUGCUAUCGAAUCUCAGUUCAGCCUCGAGAUCUUAUUGAAGCAUAAGGAACUGCGCCUGAUCAACCAAGAGCUUGCCAAAUGCCAGGCUGCUUUGGAGCAACUGCGUCGCUGUCAUUUGAUUCCCUUUCCACCGUCUGUGGCAAAUCCUUUGUCGCUGGAAGAUGUUAGUAACGGUACUGGUCCGGCUGUAUGGCCAAGAGACCGUGUUCCGAAGUGGGCUCCCCCAUUCGGAGUCACGGAUGGUCCAUACUCAAGACACUACACCAAGUGGCUCAUUCCAGAUCCCAGCUUUGAUGGCGUGGAAGCUGAAAGCUCAGAAGGCUCACGCGCUGGGAAGUCUAUACAUGACGGUCGUUAUACCAGGAACAGUUUCGCUGAGGGUAGUACACCUGCAAGCAAAUCCCGAUCUCAGAGAGGGACUGCUAGUCAGAAGCUUCAGGCACUCCCUAAUGGCUAUCCCCCAGUCAAAGAGAAGGCCGGACCGUGUGUCCUCAAACGUGGAGACGGUCAAUGGGUCAAGCUUAUUUGUAUUGACUGUCAACGGCACGACUUUUCUAGUACUCAGGGCUUCAUCAAUCAUUGCCGUAUCUCUCAUCGUCGCGAUUUCAAGAGCCACGAAGAGGCUGCUGUGGCCUGUGGACACCCAGCUGAAUUUGAUGAAGCUGGUCGCCUUCUCGGCGAGGAGAAGACCCCAACAGUUGCACCUGGUGUACAUCCUAUGAUCAGAAGCGCUCCGUAUGACAAGGCGGCAUAUUCUGCACUUCUGUCACGUAUCCAGGCGUCUUUGGAUAUGUACAAUCAAGGCAGCCUUCCUGGGGUCACUUCAAUACCUUCUGCCACUCUUCAAACGCCACGCAACGUUCCUGCGACACCCAACGCAAACUUUGUUCCUUCUUCUACUACACCACACCUCUCAGAACUCAUGCGUAACAGAGGCUUUGCCGGUAAUCUCAACGAGAUUGUUGGUGAAGCUAAGACACAGGUUGACUUUGAUGACUACGAGGAGUCUGAACUUAGUGAUGAAGAUCAAGCCAGCGAUGGUAAACGGCCUUUGGGUAGCGAUGGUUCAAACUCUCCACUCCCUGUUAUGCGUGUACCUGCUCGUGCUGGUGUAUCACCAGCACCAUUUGUACGGCCAAGCAGCAGCAAGGGCCUUGAAGGUAGAAGACAACCGGCAAUGAGUGUUAUUUCGCCGAGAAUGUUCCACGCAACGCCAAUCAUCAACACCGCGAAUCACGGUAGACCUGAAAGCCGUCUUCAAAACAACGCCUCUGGGCAUCAAGACUUGGAUGUUGACAUGGAGAUGAUGGAUGGACCUUCAAUAAUCGACCUCAGCCCGAAUACUGUUGCCAGCAACAACGCACCCAGUUUGGUCAGUGAUGAUGGAGAGUACGACGAAGGAGAUGAUGCUCCUAGCGCCAGCUCAGCAGAUGAGGAUGAGGAUAGCGACGUUGCCGAGAUCAACAUUGACGACGACAACAUGGAAAAGGUCAUUCCGAGAACCGUACUGAGGAAUCGGGCGGGGAGCGUGAUGAGGAAAGAGGACAAACACGUCUCAUUCGUCAGUCCAGUGAAGGAGACCGGACGGGACAGACGGGCACGGAAAGCUUGA